CAAUAUCUAAACAUGGCUCCAAAUGAUAGGAGGAAACAGAAAAUUUCAUCUAAAGAAGAGUCAGCCUAUGUGGAACCAUGGCGAAAUCUUCCUGGAAAGCUACUCAACUUUCUCAAAAAGCAACGGAGACGUUCAAAUUUAAUUGAAUCCAUAGGUCCUGCUGGUGUUACUAAAUCAUGGAGAUGUGCUUCCAAUAAAUGUAGUUCUAUUGCACAAUCACCAUGGCUUGAGCUUUCAAAUGAACCUCAAUACUAUUGCAAAACUCAGCAGCAUACCUUCAACCUCUCAUUCGAAGAAUCUGGUUGCUAUUGGUGGCAUGGUAGAACAAGACCACGUUAUGAUUCUUGGAAGCAUUUUCACUGCUACUCACCUUGGUCGAUUGUGUAUGGAGAAAGGAUACCUAUUGAUUACUGCUUUCUGAAUAGUUCCAAAGGAGGCUAUGGUUAUUGGGCUACUCCCCCAUCCGAUCGCAAAAUAUCAUUUUUAUUUCCUUAUUCCAGUUAUGGUUGGUGCUGCUGUUGUUUCCCAACUUUUGUGGUUCAUCAGUUAGGACAAAACAAAAAAUGGAUGAAACAAGAAUGCAAUCAAAAUGGCCUUAUUGAUCCGAAUGAUCCUAAGGGGCAACUGAUACAAUUCUGUAAUGCCAUUAUCUUUGACAGGAAGUUUUAUGCACUAAGUUUGCAGGGGACCCUUGCAGUAAUAGAAGAGAGUGAUGAAUCUCAGUUUCAAGUCACGCGAUUAAGUAGAAAACAAGCCAUUCCUUCAAACUACUCAAAGCGGUUCAUUGAGUACUUUCUUGAGUCUAAUGGGGAAAUCUUGCUCAUUUUCUUGAUCUCAGAAAGAUCAAACAGGAUAGUGGACAAAGUGGAAGUGUUCAAGCUGCAGAUUGAAGAUUUGUCAUGGUUAAAGCUGGACAACCUUGGAGAUAGAACGUUAUUUGCGGGGAUUAAUUGUUGUAUGUCAGUGCCUGCAAGUCAAGUUGGCUGCAGAAACAACUGUGUCUAUUUUACUCAUCAUUCCAUUGAUGGUUGGAGACUGUAUGAUAUGAGAAGUGGUUACAUUUCCCCUUGUUAUGAUGAUGCUGGUUCCGAGAUUAAAAACCCAACUUGGGAGGAGCCAAUAACUGGAAAAUCAUCACGACGAUGAAACACGUUUAUGAUUCAGUAUCUCAUGUAUGUUGUAUUAU